AUAUCAAUCUCUCGCGAUACUUGGGAUGAUCUCGAAGACCCGGAAACAUGGCGGAGGAACACGGGAGAAAGUGGGACCGUUGCCUUGCAGACACCGCUGUGAAAACAGUGACUGGCCUCGGCGUGGGCAUCGUCUUCUCUGUCCUUUUCUUCAAACGACGCACAUGGCCCGUCUCGUUCGGCUCCGGUUUGGGUCUGGGCAUGGCCUGCGCCAACUGCCAGAAUGACUUCAAGUCGCCGUAUUUGAUUCCCGGACGCUUGGUGAAGGACCAGCAGUGAAGGAUUAACGAGGAUGCGGAUUCACCGCACAGGCAUCUGUUUUCCCUUGCCCCGCCACUUUACGUCCAAUCUUGCCCAGCUCAGGGCAGCCAAUGUAUAUUUAAUAAAGUGACUGAGGAGGACUCUCUCUGUCUCUUUGAGAGCAAUGCAACGUGGUUUGGGUGUGGGAGGUGAUAUUGUGUGUUAAUGAGCUCAGAGACUUGAACUCCUGCUGCUUUGGAAUGGAGGCCAGGUUCAGCAUCUGCAGCCCUGUUGGAGAGUGGGAGGAGAAAGACUUUAGGAGAAUAUUAUGAAAUAAAGGGAGAGAAAAAUACUUGCUUCAACAAAAAAAAACAUUAUCCACGCCCCUUCUCGAAACAGAAACAUCCAACAGCCUCAGUGUAUAGUGGUUACAAUGCUCUUCGUUAGUUAUCCUCAUCCUUUAGAAUGAGGGCAAAUUAGUCCUUUUUUCAGGUUUUUGUGACAUUUCCAUGUCAUAAAAAACAAAAUUUGACCCUACAUACAGUAGCUCACAAUUUGUCAAGCAUGUUAUCAAGUCAAAACACCGUGGAACCUCGGUUAGCGGCCGACCCGGUUUGCGUGUUUUUCAGUUCACGUCGAAAAUUUACGCCACCAUCUUCCCUCGGUAUGCAUGCAUUCGCCGGUUAGCGUCCUGUUGUUAAUACACUGCGUGAGUUCACCUGUGUUCUUAAAGGAGAACUGCACUUUUUUUUUGGAACUUUUGCCCAUCAUCCACAAUCCUUAUGUGAGACAUGAACACAUAUAUGUCGUUCUCUUUUCUGUGCGUUCUGAAGGUAGAAAAAACAGAUAAAAAGACGCCGCAAAGAAUGGGAUACGCAUAUUCCACCUAUAAAGCCUUCUGGAAAAAAAAACUACCAAUAUAAGGAGCGCCAUAUAAUGUGACGUGCAUAUUAACCAAGCUACAGCAACAUUGUUACGAAAAGAUA